AAUAAACAAAUACGCAUUCACUCAUUUCAUUAAAUUGUGUUUUUUUUGGUAAAAAAAACGAAAAGGAUAAUUGAGUGUUUCUAAUAGACUGAUGUACACAAAGGUUAUCCGUGUAAAAAAAUAUUCGACCGCAUGUCCUCGGUGCGGACCAGUGUGUUUCGAGAAAUGUGCCGCAGAUUCAGCAUUGCAUCAGGUAUCAUCAACGUUUUCAAGCAUCAUACCGCAGUCUUGGCUUUGGCUAAGACAGAUUUGGGAAGGGGUCCCGCGGUCUUGAGAUAAAGUGUCAAACCCUGUAACAUGACUUCAAAAUGUCAUACGGUCUUGAGAUGAAUUGAAAACCCCUGUAAAAACGAAGUAAACACAAGUCAAAGUUGACAGUUCUAAGCCUGCCGAAUAAAUUGCUUUACAGCGGCACCGAUAGUAAAAACACCAAUGUGCGUGCGCGUCUAGCUGCGUGAGACGUAUUAGAUACGGAAAAGAUUCAAUCUCGUAUGGCUACUUACAGAUACGACAUAAUUUAAAAGAUUUCUAACAGUGCGAAUAAUAAUUUCCUUCUGCAAGUUGCUCUGUAUGAGCGAAGAACGGAUCGAAAGUGAACAGGAUUUUGUGCGUGGAAAAAGUUUUAGGAAUAAAGUGUGAGGUAGAGUAAUACCAUUCGACACAGCAUGGACGUGAUUUUGCUAAUCUUUCCCCUUUCGCCUCAAUACAGUGUAUUUGAGACAACGUGCAUGUCCUUGGCGGCACUACAGGAUGGAGACUCGGUUGCAUCAACUUCCGCCUUGUAUUUUAGAGCAGUUCCAUUUCCUAAAUGAUUUGAAAUAUCCCGUGUUAAUACGACAGCAUCUGGGAAAUUGGAUCAAAGAUAGUUUGCACAACGCGCCAACUUAUACCAACAACAUGCAAUCGAUGUAUGAACUUGAUGCUGCCAAGUUUUUCACUGCUCUCGUCAAUGAAGUAGACCAAGUAUCAGCUAAUCUUCCAAAUAAGAGGAAAUGUCUUCUCUGCAGGUCGGCCAUUAUGCUUCGAGACCAAAAUUUUCAAAAUUUGACACAAUUAUAUUUGACCCUUUUACACCAAAUACAACCAAAUUGCGAAAAAGGUUGCAAAACAGAAUAUACGAUUGCGCAAACUUCGUCGGAUGGGCAACAGACAGAUGUGUUAUAUGGGUUACAGCAGCUUCAUGUAAUGGAGCGAAACAAUUGGAAGGAAACCCACCAACUCAUACAGGAAUGCGAGCAAGAUCACGUCCAGCGACUAUCAAAUCAGCGAAGCCAUAACAAACGAAUUCAGUGCUAUAGCCUGAAACAAAGAUCUCUUGUAGAUGCAUUCCAGAAGACAAUACGAAAAGCCGAAGACGUGCUGAACUUGGUGUAUAAUAAGUAUAUCUUCGAAUGGCAGAAAACGCAAAUGUUUCCGGAGGUCCGUUCGACAAAUGCGUACAGUCUGGAUGAAAUACAAACAUGGUAUGAAAGUUUAGCAGCGAUCAUGUGGAACACGAAGGAUCAGAUACACUUGACAAUGAAAAGCCAGUUACGAGAACAUGUCUCACAAGAAAUCAACUCAGACCUGUGGAAGGUUAUGAAAGACGUGAAGGAUUUCAUAAAGUUGUUGCUACAUAAAGCAUUCAUAGUUGAAAAUCAACCACCGCAAGUGAUGAAAAUGAACACACGCUUUUGUGCAACCGUUCGCCUGCUUAUCGACAAUGCGCUCAUUAUGAAAAUAGGAAACCCGAAAGUAACGGUGUCCAUCAUUUCCGAGACUCAAGCACAACAAAUCCAAAGUACGAACGCUGCCGCAGAUUUCUCAGCUGGUGAAAUCGAAAAUAACAUUGGAAAUCUGCAGUACCAAUUGAGCAAUAAAUUCCUAGCGAACUUCAGUAACAUGCGGCUGAAAAAGAUAAACCGCGGCAACAAGAAACUAAAUAAACUCGUGGUGGACGAGAAGUUUGCUCUUUUGUUCCAGUCAAGUUUUACCUUGGAACAGGAAGAGCUGACAGUUACCGUGUGGACAUUAUCACUUCCAGCAGUGGUAAUAGUACACGUAAAUCAGGAACAACUGGCAUGGACAACCAUUAUCUGGGACAACCUAUGUGCAAAAGCCGAUCGCAAACUAUUCGAGGUACCGAAUCUAAUACCCUGGAAUAGACUGGUCGAAGCAAUCAGCAUGACAUUUAGUGCACGGGUAGGUCGUGGUUUGACCGAUGAAAAUAUGCAAUACAUGUAUCGUAAAGCGUACAGGGAUAAACUUUCGUUUUCAGUGUCAAACGACCAAAUGAUCAGCUUUGCCCAAUUCUGCAAGGAUACCACACCGGAAUGCAACUAUACAUUCUGGGAAUGGCUUUAUGCCGCACUGAAAAUAAUACGCGAUCACCUACAGGUUCUAUGGGUUGACAAUACCAUUAUCGGCUUCAUACACAAGUCUACCGCGGAAAAAUAUCUGGCUAAGUGUGUACCGGGGACCUUCCUGUUGCGGUUCACGGAUAGUGUACUGGGAGGGAUCAGCAUUGCCUGGGUGCACGAAUCCAACGACGGACAAAGGCAGGUUCUACACAUUCAGCCAUUUACAGCGAAGGAUCUUGUCGUUCGUUCCCUAGCAAAUCGCAUCUGUGAUCUUGGUGAACUCACGUAUCUGUACCCAACUAUUCCGAAGCAAGAGGCAUUCGGUCGAUACACAGCACCUGCAAUACAAAAACCUCGUAGCAAACAUUAUAUUUCAGCAGAAAUGCGUACUGUGUUAAUAUUUGCUCCAAGUAGCAAUCAAAGCAGCUCCAGUACCCCAAAUGCUGAACAAUCGCCAAGUACAUCAUCCAACGAUAUGUUUUCCAACGAGUAUGUUCUUACAAACCUUGAUGAGAUCUACAAAUUUGAAAUUGAGAAUGAUGACAUGCUUUCGAUUCAGGAUUAUUGGGAGCAACAGUAAAAA